CAACGGUCACCGCGCGCGCGCUCCCCCAACCUCCACUCGCGGCGUGCACCCACUCACGGUCACCUGCACAGUAAAUACUAACAACUACCACUAACUACUAUCACUACUAAUAACUACCACUUACAACUACUACACACACGGUCACCUGCACAGCAACCACUAACAACUACCACUAACAACUACCACUUACAACUACUACACACACGGUCACCUGCACAGUAACCACUAACAACUACCACUAACUACUAUCACUAACUACUACCACUAUCACUACCAACUACUAACAACUACUACACUCACGGUCACCUUGCACAGUAACCACUAACAACUACCACUAACUACUAUUACUAACUACUACCACUAACUACUACCACUAACAACUACUACACACACGGUCACCUGCACAGUAACCACUAACAACUACCAAUAGCUACUAUUACUAACUACCACUACUAACUACCACGAACAACUACUACACACACGGUCACCUGCACAGUAACCACUAACAACUACCACUAACUACUAUCACUACUACUACUAACAACUACACCUACUACACACACGGUCACCUGCACAGUAACCACUAACUACUACUACCACUACUAACUACUAACUACCACUACUACUAACACACGUUUCACCUGCUCCAGUACCUACACACACGUGUACACUGCCGUGUACACAACACACUUCAAGGGAAGCUCACUCACAUCGCCAUUCUCAGCCUCUCACAACCACGUGGAAGUGAAAGUGGUGAGACAGAGAGAGAACCACCUACAGAGAUCAUCUACGACUUCUCUACGACUGCUACUACUCAUCACAAGCAUGGAGUGCAUGGAUGAGUUUGACCCCGAGGUGCCGCUGCGCGUCACCUACUGCCACACGCUGAGCCAGGAGGAGUUUGAGGAGCAGGCCUCGGCGCACACGAGCGCCGCGCUCGCCGAGCUGAGCCGCACGCUGGCGCAGCAACCGCAGCUGCACGCCCGCACGCUCAGGCGCCGGCGGCAGGAGCAGGCCGAGGAGGCGGGCGUCUUUUCGUUCAUCAAGGCCAAGUUCUACUUGCUGGUUCAAGGGGAGAACAACGAAUGCAGUACCGUGGGCGACGAGGAGCUGCAGAGGGAGAUUGAGGCCCUUCGCGAGAAGAUGAACCGAGCCUUCGAGCACGCGGAAGAGGCCAAGGACGGCAGACGAAGAUUCUCCAAGCGGCUCGCAGAAAAGAAGCAGACGAACUGCAUGCCCCCUCCCCCCACAGCCCUUCCCCCCACAGCCCCUCCCCCCACAGCCCUUCCCCCCACAGCCCUUCCCCCCUUAGCCCCUCCCCCCACAGCCCCUCCCCCACCGCCUCCAGCCCCUCCCCUGCCCAAGGCUCAAGUACCUCUGAGGGAGAGGACCAAUCCCAUGGCGAAUGCAGUUGCUCAGACCCCAGAGCUGCUGAAGAGCUACGGUCUGACGAGCCUCAACAAAAAACGCAGUGUAGGGGACGCAAAGACGUUGUGCAACGCCGGUGAAAGUCUGGCUGUGUGCGCCGCUUCAAACUGGCAAGACGAACUGGUGUCGUCUUUAAAGAGCAAGAGGCUGAAGACAACCGGUGCGGUCAGGUCUCCCGGUGGCACCCCGGCGGAUGCGGCGGUGAAGGGGAGAGACUCCAUUCACAAUAAUAUGUCUCCUGCCUCCACGAUGAAGGCUGCGCUGAUUACCAAGUUCCAAAACGUGUCGUCUCCUGCCAGCUCUGAUCGGUCCUGGUACAGUCUCAACGGCAGCUUCCUGUGAGCCAACACCGCACCGGGCAGCGUCAGGGCUUGGGGCCUCGGGCUGCCGCAUAUUUUUACGCUGUGAUUUGCGUUGAACGGCGUGGAUAUUGCAAAACUAAAAGAGUGCAGCAUCCUCUCGUGUGUUCUAUGGGAUGUGGCUCCAAUCAACUCCGUGUUCUUGAUUUUACUGUAAUGCUGCGCAUAUUCUUAAAGAUGAAUUGAACAUCUGGAUGUAUUUUUUUUAUUCUUUAUAUUUUUUUUGUAACUGUUAAAUUCUGCCAUUACUCUGUGUGUCUUUGUUACAUAAAUGUCGUUUAUAACCGGGGCAAGAAGCCAAAACAGUUAAGUGAGUGAGGAGAGGUAGCCGGGAUAAAAUAAAAAAACUGGAGCAUGCAAAACGUACGUUAACUUGGCUAUAAAGAGGUUUACUUGCCGAUUCGUUCGCAGUUACGUGGGCACUGGGUCAAUUACCCUCAACAAGUCAGGAGCAGCUAACAAUAGAGUCGGUGCAUGACAAAGGCGAGGAUGAAUAUGGUUAUUGCACAACCCAGAUAACCCUCCCAUGGAUUCUUUUUCUUGGGAGACUUGGGUUUGCAGAGGUAAUGGAACCAAAAAAAACAUCCGAAAUUAUCACAGUGCGACCUUCCUAACAUAUCACACGAAACAAUGCAGUCAAUGCAAAAACUCUAUUUCAAAAGUUACAUUUAGAAACCACUAAGUAAAUACAAACGCUUAUAAAUUGUAAGAAUACCCAAAUUAAAUGUAUUCAAAGUAUAUUUGUUUUUUUGUAACACUAUGAACUGGGCAACCUGAGAUUGAUUCCCACUCAUGGCCAACACCAGUGGCGAAUAUCUAAACCGGGUCUAGCCCUCCUCUAGAUCGACUCAGCAUAAAAUGAGUACCUGGUGCUAUGUCUAAACAUCGCUACUAGGUAGACAAAGGCGUGGUGCUGGUCCACCAACCCCCUCGUAUGCCGUGCUAGCCCUCAUAGGUUCUGCUACUCGCUAAUACCACUUGACCCAACAGUCUGUUAAGGCUAUACGGGGUAUCUUUGUCUUGCUGUGCUUAUGUGUUAUUCGAAAGCCUUUUUAGGGGGGGUGCAGGCUGCUGCAUGGAUCCCGUGCAGGAGUAUUUUCUUAAUGCCUGCACCACAUGGUCACGGCAAAUCAAAGACACCAACGUGAAAGAAAUGCCUUGCCAACACUCAUGUUGAUGCGUUGACAUGUGGCCCCUCUGUAUUGUGACCUUGGAAACUCGGGGGGAAGGAGGGUGGGUGCUGGGUGCUGGGUUCCAGGUGUCGGGACCAAUGGUCCUGAUUUGAGUGGGCCAUCAUACCAAAAAGGUUGAGAACCAUUGCUUUUUAACAUUUGUUUGAAAUCACAGUAAAGUCCAUAAAGUGUGUCUGGAUGCAAGGUUUGGUAGUAAAGUUUUUUUUAAUCUUUUUAUAUUACACUGCUAUAUAUAUGUUUAACCGAGUGCUUCAACUGGCCAGAUGGCACUGUGUGGUUCGUGUCCGAUACACGAUGGUGAAGUUGCGAGUUCAGUGUUUCUCUCGGUCCAUCAUCAUCAAAAAACGUAUACCAUUUUGUAGUUGUCCUUCGGAGGAGAGGCUGGACCCAGCAAUAGGAAUGUGGAAUUUCCACCGCCGGCUGAAGGCUACCAGCAGAUGUUAUCACUGCCCUGUGCUCAACUUGCACAUGGGUACACUAUGUAUUUUAACACACCCAUGUUUACUAACCAGCUUCUGCUUAGUUACAUCUCGAAUGUGAUUUGACAUGGCCUCGCAUUUUAUGCAUUGCGAGGGCGUAGUUUCCAUAUAAUUAAUUCUUACACUUUAAAAUGUGUGUAGGAAAUAACGCUGCUUUGUAGCCGUCUAAUUAUGCACGACGUAUUGCAACUAGUGUAGCGUUUAGGCUAUCAAACCGCGUGAGACAACGCAGCAUUAAUUUGUGUAGGAAAAAGUAAAAGCUUUUAGAGUCGAAGUGUGUGCGACUCUACAUCGGCGGUUGGUGGUAAUGUAAAAUACCCUCGUUUCGUAGCUGUGGUUCCGUCACUGCAUAACUCGGGGUAUCUUCAGGCUCCUACAAAUGAAAGCACAUCUGUAACUUUAACCAAAUGAGCCUGGUAUCAGAUGCUUUUUGUUUUUUUUGGAAGUUAAAUGUGAAAUGAUCAGCUGGGGGUGGGGAACAAGACUGGAUAACCAGACCAAAGUACCUUUUUGUAUGAAGCUUGCCUGGGUCACAUUCGAUUUGUGGUCUUAGAACGGCUCGGUGUAACUGGAAUAUAUAAACCCCGUGUCGCUACGGACACAAUCCUGCGAGUGUACCUAGUCUGUCACAGGCUAUAUAUUGCCGUGGCUGUUGGUGUGUAUUGUGUGCUCUUUCUGAGAGCCACGUGAUUAUUUUAGGGUGUACACUCCGGUGGUGACGGUGUCUUCGCGCGUUAUAUUUUUACAUUGUCCAUUUUGGCAUUUUAAGCAGCAACGAAUAACACGUGGAGAGAGUUAAGAGUGUAUAUUGAACUUCUUUGGCACCGUGCUAAUCGGAGGUGCAAGGUGAAUUACUUUGUGGACAGAUUGUGCUUUCCCACCAUAGAAAUGUUGAGAUUUUCACCACUGCCUCAGGACUAUCAAUUUACACAAAACACUACCUCUGUACUCCUUUGAACUGGGAGACACUUGAAAAUUUUACAUUCACAAGGCCAAAUGCACAAGGCAUGAGUUUGUGAACAUUUUUUGCAUGUGGCCAGUGUCAUUAUUUAGACCAGGGAACCCCAUGCAGCCAAAGCACGUCGCAUUCAUCGCCAUCACCUUCAACAGACUUAAUGCAGUGUUGGCCUCGAUGUAACAUUAGCGGAUAUACCGUGUCCUGCAUUUAACGGGUUUUUUUUGGGGUACCACCAAAAACAGAAAAAAAUUGAAAUCUAAAAAUCUCACUCCUGAACCUCAUCAAAUUAACAGAAUCCUCCACGCAGCAGUAAAUUGGCCAACUUUUGGUCUUCAUAGAAAUAACGGGAUGGCUAAGAAAUCAGGAUAUACCAGAUCCACCACGCCCCUGAAUUUCCCCGGUAUUGAGGACACUUGGUGUGAAGAACACUAUCUUCUUCCCACACUAAGGAGACUUCCGUAACACGAGUAGCACACCCACACGCACAAACAUUAUCUGGAAACUGGAUUUAGAAAAUGUGUAAAGUGGGUAUGUAAAGCUCAACGUACAUGCUUCGAAUCACGUGUAAAAUAUAGUAUUUCACACACGAUUGAACAUGCAAUUCAUUGAAAAUUAUGUGAAUCCAUGCAUGCCUAGUGUUGAUUCAGGUGCAUCUUAAAAUAAUCACAUUUACUUAAAAAACUGAAAGUUAUGGUGCCCUACAUACUAUACAUUCCAUGCAUCUGUUGUGUCGAAGUUUUAAAAUGUCUGUCACGUGAAAUUAAAUCUUUAAAGGCU